AUGGGAGUAAAGAAAACUAAAAAUAUUCAGGAAAAUGGAGAAAACUGUGGGCUUAGCUAUUUUCAUAGUGUUGGAAAGAAUCCUCUGGUUUACAGAACAAUUGGGCAACAGUUGAAGCUUUCUGCUCAAGCCAAUGCCAAGAGGGAAGCUUUUGUGUUUGUUGAAGAAAAUAAAAGAUUUACAUACGAACAACUCCUGAGUGAAGCUGAUCGUCUGGCAGCAGGAUUCCAAUGCCUGGGAUUGGAUAAAGGUGACCGUGUGGGCAUUUUAAUGCCGAAUGUAUCAGCAUGGCCCAUCACGAUGUUUGCUGCUGCCAGAGCUGGUCUUAUUUCCGUGUCUCUCAAUCCAACCUACACUCCACAAGAGAUUCAGGACUGCUUGAAUAAAGUUUCUGCAAAAGCUCUGGUUGCUUCGGAGAAAUUCGGCUCCAAGAUUUAUUAUGACCAACUCCUAGAAAUUCUUCCUGAAUUGAGUUCAUGCAAUUCAAAGAAGGUUCAAAAUCAUCUGGAAGCAAAAGUAAUUGACAACAAAGGAAAGCUAGUUCCAUUUGGUACACCAGGAGAACUCUGUAUUAGAGGAUAUUCCACAAUGAUGGGCUAUUGGGGUGAUGAACAGCAAACAAGAAAAAUUCUUGGAUCUGAUGGAUGGCUAAAGACAGGCGAUUACUUCAUUCUCGAACCAAAUGGCUACGGGAAGAUCAUUGGAAGGAUCAGCGACAUUAUCACAAAAGGAACAGAAAAGAUUUUCCCAAAAGAAAUUGAAAGUCUUCUAGGAACGUUUCCGGCAAUUGAAGAAGUUUACGUUGUAGGAGUUCCAGAUAAAACAAUUGGACAACAGCUGAAGCUUUCUGCUCAAGCCAAUGCCGAGAGGGUAGCUUUUGUGUUUGUUGAAGAAAAUAAAAGAUUUACAUACGAACAACUCCUGAGUGAAGCUGAUCGUCUGGCAGCAGGAUUCCAAUGCCUGGGAUUGGAUAAAGGUGACCGUGUGGGCAUUUUAAUGCCGAAUGUAUCAGCAUGGCCCAUCACGAUGUUUGCUGCUGCCAGAGCUGGUCUUAUUUCCGUGUCUCUCAAUCCAACCUACACUCCACAAGAGAUUCAGGACUGCUUGAAUAAAGUUUCUGCAAAAGCUCUGGUUGCUUCGGAGAAAUUCGGCUCCAAGAUUUAUUAUGACCAACUCCUGGAAAUUCUUCCUGAAUUAAGUUCAUGCAAUUCAAAGAAGGUUCAAAGCAAAAGAUUACCUUUUCUUUCAACCAUAAUCAUUGAUUCAGAGAAAGACUAUCCAGGAACUUUUCCACUUAGCGAUGUCAUGUUUUUGCCAACAAUUCAACAAAUAAAUAGCAUUGAAGAUCAACAGGAUAAUAUUAGUCCGGAAAGUGGAUGCAUCAUUCUAUUUACUUCAGGCUUUACAGGAAGCCCAAAAGCUGUACUAUUAAGUCACAAUUGUAUGAUUAACAAUGCUCUUCCUACGAAAAUAGUCGAAAUUAGUAAAAGCAGAGUAUGCAUGCCUUUACCUUUUUGCCAUUUUUACGCACUAGUGACAACAAUGGGAGCUUUUUGUAAUGAUGCAACUGUCAUAGUUCCUAAUUAUAUAUUUGAUUCUGAGAAAACCUUCAAUGCAAUUUACAAAGAAAAAUGCACAAUAAUUUUUGGGGUGCCUAAUUUGUUUAUGGGACUUAUGUAUACACAGAAGAAACUUAAAUUUGACUUUAGUAAUUUGAUUGGAAUAACAGCCGGAGCGAAUUGUUCACCUGAAGCAUUUUACAAAAUAAAGAAGGAGUUGGGAUUAAAAAAAUUAAAGAUCGCUAUGGGUAUGACAGAGAGUGGAAUAAGUUUCGCAUCUCUUCCUGAUGACAAAGAAGAGAAUAUUAUAGACACGGUUGGAUAUCUCUAUAGUCAUUUAGAAGCAAAAGUGAUUGACAAUUAUGGAAAGUUAGUUCCAUUUGGAACACCUGGAGAGCUCUGCAUUCGUGGACCCCUUACCAUGAAGGGCUAUUGGGGUGAUGAAGAGCAAACAAGAAAAAUUCUUGGAUCUGAUGGAUGGCUAAAGACAGGUGAUUACUUCAUUCUCGAACCAAAUGGAUACGGGAAGAUUAUUGGAAGGAUCAGUGAUAUAAUCACAAAAGGAUCAGAAAAAAUUUUCCCAAAAGAAAUUGAAAGUCUUCUAGGAACGUUUCCGGCAAUUGAAGAAGUUUACGUUGUAGGAGUUCCAGAUGAGCACUGGGGUGAAGAGCUGUGUGCUUUUAUUCGUCUUCGUGAAGGACAUCAUUCUCUCUCUUCUGAAGAUAUUUAUGAAUUUUGCAAAGGGAAAAUUCCAUCACUUAAAAUUCCUCGUUAUGUUCGUUUGGUUGACGAUUUCCCUAAAACUGUAUCAGGGAAAAUUAAGACGAUUGAACUUAAGAAGAAAUUCAAAUGUUAACCAAUGGGAUGGUAAAACUUUGUAUAUUCCAGUCUUUUACUCAAUUAAAUAGAGAAUAUUUUUAUGUA